CUAUCUCAUAAGAUGUUGUGAAAUAGUUUGAUCAAUAAUAUUUGGAAACUUAUGUCGCUGUACAGUAGUUAUCUGAUCUUUUAUUUUCUUCAUCAUAGCUGAUGUAGUUGUAUUUAUCAAAGAGAUAAAAAAAUAUUUAAAAAUGAAAAGUGCUCGGCUUUGCUUUAUAUUUAUGAUUAUAAUUAGCUGUGUUUUUGCUAAUGACGAUGUAAACACAUAUCAUCAAAUGCGAUUAAAUCUUGUUAGACCAAAUGAUUUCAAUCGUAAAUUAAAUUGUUCUGUUGACGAUUUAUUAAGAAUUAGCAAAUUUGUAGACAUCGAGAAUAUAUUAAGGAAUGUUGAAGAUGAGGAUAAUACUGUAUACGAUGACAGUUUUGAUGUUCCUUUAAAUGUGACAGCAAGUCCACGAGUCUUCCAUGUAUCUUCAGUUUGUCUGAAUCAUACUAAAGCCAUAUAUACCGGUUUGGAAGGAGGAGAACAAUGGGCUUUAAAAAUGGUUGAUGCAGCAGGUAAACCGGAGGCGGGAUUAAUGAGCAUGAAGUUGAAAUGGCGCGGGGAUUAUGACGAAUGUGUCGGCGUCCGCGCUGUCAGUCAAUACAAGUUCAACGGCAAAUACUGUUCAGUGUCGGUUGGUUAUGGAAAAUUACCAAUUAACCCGAUAACUCAGCUGCCUGUUGGAAUUGAUAUAGGGAUGUGUCUUCCAGAAAGUUGUAGCGAUACAGAUACAAAGAAUCUCAUAGGUCAAACGCUAGAAAGAGUUUCAAACAAAACUGUGUAUGUUAUAUAUGCUACCUGUGUGGAAACUUUAGAUUCCUAUGAUAUGAGAGCCAAGAUUGUUCUGUGAGUAGUAGAAGUAAUU